GAUGUCACCGCUAUGGUAAUAUUAGGGGUGAUUUGCAUAACCUAGAUAAUGCUGCCCGACCUGGUUCUAAAAGUAGAACAUGCGGGUGUAAAUUUAUAAUUGUAGGAAGUAGUCGUAAACCAGGAGAAAGACCUUGGACGGUGAGGGUGUCUCCUGGUGAAAAAGGAAGAUAUAACCACCCGUUCUUAGUAUACAUAGAUGGUCAUGUAAGGGCAAAUAGGUUGAAUGUAGAUAUUUGACAGUACAUACGAGAGUUUAGUGCAACCAGCAUGCAACUUGCAUUUAUUAUGACCUCAAUUAGACAAAAUUUCUCUGGUUUUUUUGCUAGUAUGAAUCAAAUUUAUAAUGUUAGACAAUCAAUUAGGAGAGAAGAGAUGGAGGGUAGACUCCCCUUCAACACCGUCUUUAUAUGACCACAGAGCAUAAUUACGUGGUUCGGACAGACUUGGAUAGUGACGGAGAUUAUUAGUUGCAAAUCCUACAUCCAUCCAGAUGAUACGUACGUGGCCCUAUGUUGUGUUGAUAGAUACAACGUACAAAACAAAUAAACAAAAGUGACUGCUUUGUGAAGUAAUUGAAAUGACGCCAACCUAUCACAACUUCUUGGUUGUGUUUUGUUUGAUGAGAGAUGAGGCGGCUUUGUUAUAUCCGUGGGUGUUGGAGGGAUUGAAAGAUAUUUUUUGCAGAGCUCAGACUCCUAGCGUAAUUGUAAGUGAUCGAGACGAGGGUUUAUCUGCAGCUAUUCGUGAUGUCUUCCCAGAUGUGCGACAUUUAUUAUGCGUAUGACAUAUUGCCAAUGACGUAGAGAACAUGGUGGACAAAUUGUGUGGCGGGAAAAGAAAUCAACAAGGGCAUAUAUUCAGGAAAACUAGAUGGGAAUCGAUUGUGGCUACUUGGACGACUAGGAACAGAAAGGUCAUUCGAUAUUUGGCUGGAACAUGGAUUCCACAUAAAGAGAAAUUUGUGCGUGCAUGGACGAACUGUUUACACAUGGGUAACCAGACUAUUAGCAGAGUUGAAAGCCAACACUCGUCUUUCAAGUACUAUCUUAGUAGCGGUAAUAGCUCAUUUGAUACCCUGUUUAAAAGGGCACACGCACAGAUAACAAAUCAGCAAUCAAGGAUCCGACAAGCGCUACAGGAAUCCAUGAAUUCUAUUUCAACGUCUUUGCGACAUAAUUUCUUUAGAUCGUUAUAUUGCCAUGAAUCAAUUUUUUCCUCAGAACAAUUGCUGCUUGAGCAUAACCGUUGUUAGAUUUGGGUGAUUAUGUAUUUGACAAAUGCGGAUGUGCACUUCAAAGCACGCAUGGAUUGCCCUGUGCUUGUUAUUUCUAUUUGUCGAUCAGGUCACAAGGUUCGUUGUAUUUGGAUGACAUUCAUCCAUUCUGGAGAACUUUAACGUACACAGAGUUAGAAGCUGACACCAACGAAGGAGUACGGCACGCAAACGCCGACGACAAAGAGUACUUUCAACCGUUGGUUAAUGAAGUGUUAAAAGCCGAUUCCGUAGUUGUACGACGCAUGUCUGGGGUACUUGAAGAUGAAUUACACCCUGAUGGUGCCGAUAUACCUAAGCCAUAUGCAAGUCCACCAAGAAAGGGAAGACCAACGACAAGCAAAACCCUCAGGAUAAAUAAAAGCGCCUUUGAAUACAACAGAUCAUCCUCUCGGGGUCGUGGGUCUAGAUCUUCAUCUUGCGGGAGAUCUAGUAGUCGAGAAACGCAAUCCUCAGUUGGAAUUAACUUUAGUUUCAACUUUUCUGAUGGUUCAGCAGGUCGUGAUUUUUCAGUGUUUCCAUGGCCCAAUCACAUCCCAUAUAUUCUCUCUCCUUACUUGUUUGAUUGGAUUCAUGUUAUAGGUGAUGGUAUACUGUGGAUUUAGAGCUAUUUCCGUCAUAGAGUUAAGAGGCGAGGAGGCAUGGCCUCUUUUACGACGUGCAAUGUGUAUGGAAAUGCAAAUGAACAGAGAGCAAUACCUACGUGUGUAUCUAUCGGCAGAGACGUUAGAUAAUGCUAUAUUCAGUAUUGGUUCACAUAGCAAAGAACCUGCACCGUUUAUUCACUGGUUGGAAGCACCGAUGGGAUUGUACUCUGCAACAACGUUUCUUAACAUUGGCAUUGCGUAUUAUGGUUCUGCUGACGGUAAUCCAAAUUAUAGCUGUUUAGUUCUUCCGUUAAGAAAAGCAGCGGGUGUGCAUAGUGUAAAUAAAGUUAUACAUAUUUGUUGGGUGAAUAGAAAUCAUUAUGUUCAACUAUUAAUGAACGAUGAUUUAUCUCCACUGCGGCCAGUCCAGUGAUCAUGGAGAGAAGCAGCUGACAUUUCUUGUAGACAUUUAGAAACACAUUUUCGAAGCAGGAUUUCGCUUUGGAAUAGACUAUAUAGGCUGCAACCACCACCAGGUAAUAACAUCGCUGAAGAUG